AGCGGGCAGAAUGUUUUUAGUUGUUAUAAAUGUUAACCUUUACCAUGCUAAAUUUCUAAAUGGACUGGCUCUUAUUUCUUAUUUGGGCGGCCCCACUUAUUCAAAAGGGUGUUCACUGAACUUUACUGACUGAAAAGUGCCUUCUUGCAACUGCAUAAAUCUGGAAGCGCGGUGCCUUAAAUAAACUGAAUAUAUGUAAAUAUAUGUGUUAUUUGGUUGCUUUUUUUCUUUUUGAAGUAACAUAUGCCUACUUGCUGCCGUAUGGUCUUGUUAGCGGUGUGGCCACCGAAGAGGAAAUCCUGCAAGGAAUACGACAGUGGACUCCAGUUUACAUUGAUAUAUCGGCAAACGACAUUCAACACGUCGAAAUCUUUUCGAACGACAAUGGAUUUCUUGGUUCAAAAAUGGAGAUACUGUCUACCACCCCGAACCUCCAUGACGUGCUGAUCCAAGCAAAGGCGUUUGUUACAUGCGGGACAAUAGUGGACACAGGAGAUGGCUUACCGGAUAUUGAACUCGACUACGAGUCAUUCCAGGUUGAGUAUUUAGGAGUAGAACCAGUACUUACCGGUGACGAACAAAUAGACUGCCCAGGAGCAACAACCACACCAAUGACAACGCCAGGGGUCACCCGACCGAAGCUGAGGCGUGGUCCUGUAAAACCUACAGCAGGUUCAAGAAAGACAUCAGGAAUGGAGAUGAUUGUCGCUGUGGCAGCUGUGGUGGUAGUACUGGUGGUUUACUGACUGUUGAGAUAAUAUUUUAAUUGAAAGGAGCUUGUCUGGAGAUGAUCAUUGUAGAAUUAAACUUUUUAAAAUAGAAAGUAGUGUUUAUGAAAAAGAGAGAAGUCGUUAAUUAAUAUUUAAAUUAAUAUCAUUAAUCUAUAUUUAAAACAAAAGCUGUUAAAUACAGCAUGAUUAUUAUAUUUUUACAUGAAGUUUGACUGCUGCAUCGUAGAUAAAAAAAAAUUGUGAAUUAAUACUUGCAAAAUUUAUUUACAAACUAACGAAUACAUUUUUAGGUCGAAACAUCAGUAUUCAGACUAGUCCCUUUCCAUUAUAAAUAUUGAUUUUGCCGGAAUGGUCUGGCCACAUUUUAUUCAGAGUUAACUUUUAGAUUAUUAAGGCAUUUCUGUUUUUCAAAACACGUGGUUUAGUUUUUCAAGUUCAAUUUUCAUGUACAGUUUGUUCACAAGGAAAAUGUCUAGUUUAUAGAGAUGUUACAAAUUGUACCUAAGUGCAGUGUAACGAAAGCUACUUUUGGCUGUAAACUAUUUGCUAAUGUAAAAUUUAGACUUCGUUCAUUAUUUUAAAAGCCUCUUUAAAAGUUCCAUAAGGCUUUAAAUUUUAUGUUAAAACAAUUAAAACAGCUAGAUCUAUAUUAUAUAGGUUUUAAACAUAAUUGCACGGUUAGAAAACUGCUACUUUAAUACUGAAAAUGAACAGUUACAGUUAAAGGGAGGUAAUCAAAAACAAUAGAUUUGUUAAAACUUUCUUUUGUUUAUCAAUAUUUAAACCUUUGAUAAUAUUGGAGGAAAACAAUUAUUGGAAACAUGGUUAAAGAAGAAAUUAAUAUAUUUUAUGUUCAUAUCGAAAAAUGUGGCAGCAACAUUUUAAACAAAGGCAUUCUAAGAUUUUAGCAUGGUGGGCCUUUACGAAAAUAGGCAAAUAGUGCAUUCCCCACAUGCGAUUUUGGCAUUCCCUGGAUUUUAGGGAACUUUAUAUGCGCAUUCAGCUAAUUCACGUCCGAAGAAUGCCGCACUGUCAAUCCAGAGAACGUAAAAUCCAGUGUCAUUAUGGAUCCACUACCUUAUUUGAUUGAUGCAUUUAUCGUAAACGCCGACUGAUAUUACAUGUGCAGUAACCGUGACUCUUACGUUAACUCUUUGGUUUAAUUGCUUGUUAGCUCGCCUUAGCACGAAGUGCUCAAGGAUGAGCUUUUGUGGUCAGUGAUUGUCCGGCGUCCGUCAACACCUUCCAGCCUAAACCACCUGUUCAAUUUUAAUGAAACUUCACAGGAAUGUUCCUUGCAUGAUCUUCAUUUAAAAAAUAGUCAAAGAAAUGAAUUCCAUACAGAACUCUGGUUCCCAUGGCCACCGAAAAGAAAAACUUUAAAAAUCUUCUUGUCUAAAACAAAAGUAGCUAGGGCUUUGAUAUACGGCGUGUGGCAUUAUCUAAUAGUCCUCUACCAAAGUUGUUCAAAUUAUCCCCCUAGGGUCAAAUAUGGCCCCGCCCUGCGCGGGGGUGCGGGGGGAGUGGGGUCACAUGGUUUACAUAGAUUUAUAUAGGGAAAAACUUUGAAAAUUUUCUUGUCUAAAACCACAGUAGCUAGGGCUUUGAUAUUUGGUAUGUAGCAUCAUCUAGUGGUCCUCCACCAAGAUUGUUUAAAUUAUUUCCCUAGGGUCAAAUAUGGCCCCACCCCGGGGGUCACAUGGUUUAUAUAGACUUAUAUAGGGAAAACUUGGAAAAUCUUCUUGUCCAAAACCACAUUGCCUAGGGCUUUAAUAUUUUGUAUGUAGCAUCAUCUAGUGGUCCGCCACCAAGAUUGUUCAAAUUAUUUCCCUAGAGUCAAAUAUGGCCCCGCCCUGGGGGUCACAUGGUUUAUAUAGAUUUAUAUUGGGAAAACUUUUGAAAAUGUUCUUGUACAAAACCACAGUAGCUAUGGCUUUGAAAUUUUGUAUGUAACAUCAUUCUAGUGGUACUCUACUAAGACUGUUCAAAUUAUCCCGUAGCGUUAAAUAUGUCCCCGCUCCGGGAGUCACAUGGUUUAUAUAUACAAAUAUAGGGAAAAACUGAAAUCUUCUUGUUUUUAAUUUACAGUCUUGAAAUUUGGAUGACAUGUACAGUUUUACACACCGAUCUUAAAUCUGACUCUCAUUGACCAUGAAUAUGACCUACUGACCUACUUCCUUGCUUUUUCAGAUACAGCCUUGAAAUUUGGAGGACAUGUACAGUUUAGCACACCGAUCUUAAAACUGACUUUCAUUGACCAUGAAUGUAGCCUACUGACCUACUUUCUUUUUUUUUUUAUGAUACAGCCUUGAAAUUUGGAUGACGUGCAGUUUUGCUAACCGGUUUUAAAACUGGUUUUCAGUAACCAUGAAUGUGACAUACUGACCUACUUUCUUGCUUUUUUUUAAGAUACAGCUUUGAAAAUUUAGUGACAUGUACAGUUAAGCUCAUUGAUAUUAAAACUGACUUUCAUUGACCAUGAAUUUGACCUACUGACCUACUUUCUUGUUGUUGUUGUAAGUUACAACUUUUAAAUUUGGGAGACAUGUACAGUUUAACACAUUGAUCUUAAAACUGACUUUCAUUUACCAUGAAUGUGAUCUACUGACCUACUUUCUUAAUAAUUUAGCAUCAGUUUGACAUUUGAAACAUGUAGCUCAUAUAAGCUUAGUGAUCCAGGAUCACCAUGACCCUCCUGUUGUUGAUUGUAUUAAGAAAACAUUUAUUUUCAUACUUUUCUUGUGUUUUUUUUUAUUAAUUGAGUAUAGGUCUACAUUUGUGUAACUGAUUAGCCAUUUUAUGCGACCAUUUUCAGACGGUGUUGUUUCUUUAAUCUUACUUUUGUUUUGCAUAUUUUUGAUAAAAGGUUUUAAGUUGUUGCUCAUCUGAGCACAAAGUGCUUUUUGUGAGCUAUUAUGAUUACGCUGUGUUCGUCGUGCAUGUUCGCUUACGUGCGCAGUCCGUCCGUCGUCAAAAGUUCUUUAAAAGACAUCUCCUCCAAAAGCACUGAGUGUAUUUUGAUAAAACCUAGUCUGUGUUUCUUUGGUAGUUCUCUAUCAAAAGCGCUUCCGUUCGGUCGCACAUAGUGGCGGCCAGAGCUUAAAAUUAAAAAAAAAUAAUCAAACUUCUGAUCGGAUUUUUAAAAUAAUUUCAUACAAAUAGGCCCUAUGAAACCUUCUUCCAAGAUUUGUCAAAUUAUUCAGUUUCGUCUAAAAACAUGGCCUCAAGUGGGCGUGGUCGCUUUUCCCUGUAUGUAUAUUCUGGAAACUUUAAAAAUAUUCUUGUGAGAAACUGCUGGUUCGGUUUUAAAAUGAUUUUACAUAAAUUGAUUAUGUGUGACCUACCGAGAUUGUUCAAAUUUUGAUUCGUCAAAACAUAUGGCCGCCAGCGGGUAUGUCACUUUUCCCUAUAUGUGUAUAUGGUAGAAAAUUAAAAGUCUUCUCGUUAUGAAACUACAGGCCCGAUUUUAAAGCACUUUCUCAUAAAUAAUACUUGUGUGACGUACCAAGAUUGCUUGAAUUAUUCUGAUCUUCAAAAGAUAUGGCCGCCAGAGGCCAUAGUCACUUUUCCCUGUAUGUACGAGGGCUGUUUAAAAAUAACGUUGACUUUUGGCGUUAAAAGCCGCAUAUUGUGUAAAGAACAAUGUGAAAUAUAUGAGUGUAAUUCGCAGUCUUUAUGUAAUUUGGUUAUGCACUUUUUGAAACAUUUUUGCGGCUAGGCGAAGCGCGAAUAACGUUUUUUUUUUCUAACAUAGCUACGCGCUAUAACCUGCGUAGUUGCUUUUUCAUCUGUCAUGCUUUGAAUUCGAUCGCUAAUGCUUGUUCGCCCAAAAAUUAAUCAAGGUGCAGCAAUAUGUCUGAGGGGGAUGCACUGAGAGAAUAGUGUCAGUCGGACAUGGGAGAUGGAAGCAAACAACGUUUAAUCUAAAUGAGUAUUACUGGUUAUAAUGCAUGUUAUAUCGGCAUCGACUCAGAAAGAUAGUCAGACAGGUGUUUAGUUAUUUAGACAUUUUGGCGAAAAGCAAACGCCACAUUCAUGGUCGGUCAUCUGUGUCAUGAUCUUCGAGUGGUACAAACUAUUCAAAAAUUGUCCAGAAUUGCUCAAAGACUGCAAAGGUGGAGGGAGAAAACAGAACAUCCUUAAUUCAACGUUAACAUUAAUGUAUAACCCCAUGGAUAAAGACCGAGUGACCGAGUGCUGACGUCAAAAUUAAUAAAAUAAAUUUACAUAUAUAUAUUAAUGCAAAUUUAAUGAAAGCAUUCCGACGAAGGCACGACGUCAUUAACGUUCUCAAAAUAUGAUCGCCGUGCGCUGGGUCCAUGCAAAAGACUUGUUUCCGAGGAUGCAUAUAGCAAAUAUGGUCAUAUGAUUGUAUGGUCAUAAUCACGUCAAAUUUGCAGUGCAUUUAGAAGAAAGAUUCAUGAUGUUAUAUUUCUUGUGUUGCUUCAAUAGUGUACAAACGCUAGCAAAAAGUCUACGUUAUUUUUAACUGCCCUCAUAUGUAGUAAUCUAAAAAAAAAUUACAAAAAUUGUCCUUGUGUAACCUUCUAAUAAGAUUGUUCAAAAUAUUCUGAUUUGUAAAAAAAACAUGACCGCAAGAGGGCAUGGUCUCUUUUCCCAGUAUGUAUAUAGUAGAAACUAAGAAAUCUUCUUUUAUGAAACUGCUGACCCGAUUUUAAAAUACAUUCACACAAAUUGUCUCUGUGUGACUUUCAAUCAAGAAUGUUCACAUUAUUUUGAUUUGUCAUAAAACAUGGCCGCCAGGGAGGGUUGUCACUUUUACUAUAUGUAUACACUGGAAGCUUUAAAAAAUGUUCUUGUUAGAAACAGCAGGCACAAUUUAAAACAUUUUACUUCAAUGUUCCUUAAAUAUUUAGCGUAUGAUAUCAGGGUUUGAUUGUCUACCGUAAGUGUUCAAAUUAAUGCCCUCGGUUCAAAAAUGGCCAUGCCCAUGUGUGUGAUAUGUAAUAAUAAUACUAUAUAAUGUAGGCUAAUAUAAAAGAAACUUUGAAUAUCUUCUUCUCUGAAUCCAUAAUAUUUAGAGCCUUAAUAUCUAAAUAAACCUAACUCUAUACUUGUACCAUCACGUUAUAUAAACACACUUGAAGUCUUUUACACAUGUGAGCGCUUUUGGGUCAGUGACCCUCUUGUUUUCAUUUUUAUGUAUGUCGCAAAAAUUUUGAAAAAAAAAGCUAUGAGCUGUUUAGUUAAUUAGAAUAUUGCAUUUUGUUUUGAAAAACUGCAUUUAGACUUUCUAGAUAUAAAUGCAGAAGUAAUGGCGUAACGUUAUUUAUCCAGGUACGAAACCCGCACCAUUUUAUGAAUUAAUUGGAGGACGUUAUUGAAUUUAUUAAAACGCCAACUUAAUUAUCUUUAAAAGUUAAAAUAUGAAACAAUUUGCAAGUUAAAUAUUUUCACAUAACUCGUAAAAUUCAUAUUGAAACGUGCUGCACUUUUUAAUUAUUGGCAAAAGUCUCAAAAAACAAGAACUCUGACUUUCACAUUUUAUUACACCAUAUUGUAGGCCAUAUGUUUAUUUAGGAUUGUGAAAGGAUACAUCGUGGAAAAUUCUGUUAGCGAAAAUAUCAUCAAAAGUGGGAUUUUCUUAAAGACUCCCUUGAUGAAAACUUGUCCGAGGUCAAAAUUUUCAAUUCAGUACAGCAAAAAAUUAGUCACACGUCCCUUUCUUUUUAUUUGCUGAAUUUUCUACAUAUAUUAUUAAGUUUUGAAAAGCCACGGUUUAAUAAAAUGUGCAUAGUAGAAAACGAAUUGACCCGAACGAGCAGAAGUACCUUAACAGAGCCCAUCCUAGUAUGUAAUGUAUGCUUGUAUUCAUUGUCAUUGGCUAGGUCACUGGAGACAGAACAGAAAGAAGAAAAUGCCAUCGUACAUGUAAUAACCUACAACUAGGUUCACUACCCAAUGGGCAUUUCAAUCGCAGUUUGACCUAUGCACAACUAUGCAAACGAAGAAAAAAAAGAUUUUUUUUUUAUAUUUUCGUUAACGCUUAUACAAAAAUGUUUGAUUUCCUAUUGAUCUUCCGUUUGUUUAUUUGCCCGUCCGUCGGUAGACCACUUGAUUUCGCUUACUACCGAGCAUUUUCACAGCACAUUUUCAUGUGGUCAGUAUAUUGUGCUUAUGGUCAAGAGUUAUGUCAAAGUAACAGGAUGACUAGAGGCAGUUCCUACAGGAUAGCGUCUUUGCAAAUGGCUGUAAAACCGCUUAGGUCAGGGGUCAAUUUCGUAAAAGCUUAAUCUUUAGCCAGAUAACGGUAUAUGAAUUCAUACAGAAUGAUAUAGCCUGCAUCCAGCAAAUGCACACGACCUUUGCCUACGAUAUUGUUCUAAAAGGCCAAGAUCUAAGACACUGUGUCAAAACAAUCUUCUGUCAAUAUCUGGAGAAAGCUUAUGCCUUAGAAAAUCAACUUUAAUAGGUUAUUGGCUUUAGUUCAGGCCCCAUGUUCACAAAACACUCAAUUUCAGAU